UCACUAUAGACUUCAUUUGCUAGGAAAUAUAUAUUUAGUAUGACUGAUCCUGGAGAUAAAACCUUAGAUUUGAGUGGUGCUAAGCAUGAUGUUUGGCUCGUCAAAGUUCCCAAGUACCUGGCUACACAAUGGUUGAAUGCUCCAGAUGGUAUGUCGGUUGGAAAACUAAGAAUAACAAAAAAUGCUGGGCGGGCUGAAGUAACGUAUUCAAUGGAUAAAAACUUGACGCAAGCCAACAGCUCUGAAAAAUUUCUUGCCACAGACCACAAGUUUGUGUUGCAGGGAACUUGUGGCCAAAGUUUAGCCGUCUUUUCCACCACCAGUGGCUCCAAUCAAAAAGGUGAAAAACGAGCUAUGGAAGGUCGAGUGGUUCAGAAAGUUGAUUGUCGACCAAUUGUCAGUCAUAACUACAUGCAGUUGAAGCGGGCUCAAAUGAUAGAGGCCUCCAAACCACAGAGAACCACCAAACAACUUGCAGAAGCUGUAAAAACUGUAUAUAAACCUGUGACAAAAAUAAAAGAGCAGAUUGAGUAUGAUGCAAUGAAGAAAGAGAAAGGAAAGAAGAUGAGAGUCGACAAAGAUGUUCUUCAGUCUAUUUUGUUCAAUGCUUUUGAAAAACAUCAGUACUAUAAUAUCAAAGAUCUGCAGAAUAUAACACAACAACCUGUUCCAUUCCUUAAGGAAGUAUUACGAGAGAUAGGGAUGUAUAAUAAGCAUCCUGGCCAUAGACACAUGUGGGAACUAAAACCAGAAUAUCGACACGAUAAAGUUGAAGAGAAAAAAGAAGAUUCAGAUGAUAUAGACUCCUCUUAAUAUUUUCAAUAGACUUGUAUUAGGAACAUAAUAAACACGAAUGUACUGCCGUUAUACGAGAAGCAGAAAGUCGGUUUUCUGCAAUCUGGUUUGGCUCAGAGAAAGGAUAAAUUAAAUAUGAGGAACUUGUGAUUUGUGUUCGGUUUUUAGUUUACAUUCUUAAAAACUUUGCUAAAACAUUACGCUUUCUGAGAAAUCGUGUGUUUUCAAUCGCUAGAAUUGAAGGUUUCCUUAUUCUCUCUGUUAUUCUUUAUUCAUUAAAUUCCGUUUUCUACAUACUUUGUAUUUUGCAACUCUUAAACAUUUUUCGCUUUUUAUUUCAGA